AUGCCGCAGGAUAUGGUUGGACUCGGUGAUACUUUCAUUGCGCUUGGUGGAGAUUCCAUCACAGCUGUACAACUUGUUGGUGGAGCUCGCAAACACGGACUCGAAUUCUCGGUGGCGGAUAUAUUCCAACAGUGGACCAUCGCAGAGCUCAUCGUGAACUGUGUUUUGGACGUGGAACUUGAAGAGGAAUCAGAGAUGAUCUAA